AUGGUGCCUGUUCAGUUCAAGAUUACUGAGCUUCCAUACGACCCUGUCAACACCCCACGCAGCCUUCCUUCGCCUCAGCAACCUGCAAACCUCACGGUAGACUAUGCCAGAGCAAUUGCUGUACGGAGCGUAUUUUUUAGUAGACAGAAUAGCCCACGCGGACCCUUCGGUUACGCCAUUGGCUCGGUCCGCCUCGGGCAAUCUUUCGCUUGGGUUCAGGCCGUCCUGGACCUUGAAGAAAGCGACUCGGACGAUAUUCUGCACUGGAGUGGCGAUGAUGUGGGCGAAGAAGUCUUGCGAGACUUUCAAGUGCUGUCUCUAGAUGAACCUGGCUCUAAUUUCCUGUUUGGACGCGCUGCUCUAGCAGGGUCAUCGGCAGAUGCUGUCUUCAGGGGCACGCAGUACGAUGUUGAUGACUCGCCAUCGGAGAUGAUAGCCGCGAAAAUGGUCUUGAACAAGAAGGGACGCUGGAUUGGCGACGAGAUCCAGGAUAUGGAUCACUAUAAGCUCAAUCAGAUGAAUGUAGAGUUCCCGCGUGAAACCCUUGAGCUGAUUGGGUACGCCCGGCAGGUUUUAGGUGAAAAUGAAGCAAUGGAGAAAAGGGAGGCGGGGCUGGAGGAACGAGAGAGCGCCGUGGAAAAGCGCGAGAAGGCUAUGUAG